AUGGAUUGGGAUUGCCCAGUAAACUUAGGUUUUGGAAGUGCAUUUGUUGGGGAAGGUGGUCUGGAUGAUGUAGCUACCGGGUCCACAACUCCCAAUUCAACAGCUGCCACUGUUGGGGACACUCAGCACAACUCACCACCACCGCUGACCCCCAAUCCAACCGGUUUAAUAUGGAUCCUACACAACUGGAGUGAUGAAGAUUAUGUCCAAAUAUUGAGAAACUGCAGAAAAGCAAUACCAGAGAAAACUGGAAAGAUUGUUAUAGUUGAUACGAUUUUGCAACCUGGUGGCGAUGACCUAUUUGACAACACAGGCAUGGCAAUGGACCUAAUGAUGCUCACAUUGGUUAGAGGUGGAAAGGAGAGGACUAAGCUUGAAUGGAAAAAGAUACUAAAUGAAGGAGGAUUUGUGCGCUACAACAUCAUCCAAAUUCCAGCUUUACAGUCAAUUAUCAAGGCAUAUCCACCGAAACUAGCAACUGAUGUGCUUCAAAUACAAUAG